UUUGAACAGCGAGAGAGGGCGUGGCGAGCAAAGACACCAGUGAGUGAAAGCCUGCCAGGACUACCACAUUGAAGAGCUCUCACCACAAGCAAGUCACGACAGCAUCUCGGGACGAUCACUCUCCCGUACCAUAAACUUGACUGUUGACACUAUUGCGUGGAAUUAUAAACGAAGACUGAUUAUCGCCUAAUUCGCGCCUAAUCGACGAUUCGAAAAAGCAAACAAACCAGAGGGACGUAUACCGUGGAAUGGUUUUCUUAAGUGGACCUUGUUUAUUAUAUUCUCACCUCGGGCGCUUCACCACGGCUUGAAUCAUCGUCCGCUGUUUGUUUGGCAGAUUUUGCGUCCGAUGUCCACUUGUUACCAUCGGUUAGUGACCCGCGGACAGAUAAUUUCUCACCACGGAUCGCCAUACACGCCAAGCUGCCAUUGAGAUGGCUCGUGCAGAGACACUGGAGAGUGCAGGAGCAGGAGGAGGUGGAGGAGGAGGAGGAGGAGGAGGAGGAGGAAGAGGAGGUGCAGAGGGAGAGAGAGGAGGCUCUCUGGUCCGGCCCAGCAGCUGUCGCAUGGAGCGGCCCAUUCCGGGCCUGGAGUCAUGGCCCAGCCUGCUCUCAACCACCCCUACCACCACCUCCAGCAGCUACGACCUCCACCAGAGCCUGAACCUCCCCCGGGCCCUCCCCCGGGCCACGGCCCUCCUCCUUCAAGGCCCGCCGCGGCCUCGGCCCCCCCAGGCCCCCAGCUCCACGAAGGAGGAGGAGGAGGAGGAGGAAGAGGAGGAGGAGGAAGAGGAGGAGAGACCCAGGGCUGAGGACAGGUUGUGUUCUGGGGAACCACCAGCAGAGAUGACGGGCUCUGGCAGAGAGGAGCGACAGGAGGCCUCCAGGGAGCAGGGCCCUCUGGCUGACAUGCAGGCCCAGGAUGAGCAGCCUUGCUGGGGCUCGGCCCGCCGCAGGGAGGCCGCGGUGGAAGCGGAGGAUAUUAGGCGUAUAGCUCAACGGCUGACGUUCAUCGGAGACCAGAUCAACACCACCGUUCUCUUUGUAGCUGAUGCUGCCCCCCAGUGGAGACACUUCAGAACGUGCCUCCACCUUCUCAACUUUGUCUCCCAGGCAUUCAACAACCUCUACCACUUCAGAUAGGACACCCUUUACCCGUUACCAUGGAUACCCCCCCCCCCCCCCCCCCCCCCCCCCCCCCCCCUCCUGAUUGGCUUCCCUUUUGUUGGAUGGAUCCAGCAGUGGAACAGUUCAGUGCCACUGGUCUGGUGACUCCGGUCCUAAGCCACUCUAAGGGGACUCCUCUUGGCGGACUGCGGGGGGAUCCUUCCCAUUAAUGAGGGGUCUGGGACUGCUGGCCCAGACUGGAACCGCGGCCGCGGUUCUGUACAUUCUGUAAAUGUGUUGGCUUUCUUCCGUUGUGUUUACUAGCUUUUUGGUUGACUUGCAUUUUGUUUUUGAGGGACGUAGCUUCUUGUGUAGCAAUGUGUGUGUGCGAGUGACUCUUAUGUGUGGAGGACUGAUAUCUGAGUUUGCAGCACUUGGAUGCUGGAGGAAGGAAUGCGCGCCUGAAUCCACCUGCUCUGGAGAAAACUGGAGAUCAUUCAUCCCAACGAUCCUUCAAGCCCAUCGCACGACGUGCCUUCCUACAAGACGUAAACGUGCACACAAUUUGACAAUCGCAACCUCAUCCCCGCUAGUGGAUGAGAGUGGCUAACGCUAGCUGCAGUGAGCAGCUAGCGUGCAAGAUAGCUGUUAAUGCCUAUAUUGCAGAGACGGAGUACUGCAAUCUGAAGCCACCAGAAAGCCUGUGGAAAUGAUGGGAUCAGGACUACCUGACGCAUACACACACACAUACAAACACAUACACACACACACACAAACACUGGCGCGCACACAAACACACGCAUACACGUGGUAAAUGAUGGUGUUUGUGCACACUGUAGAGGAUGGUGCCAGUAUUUUAUCUCAGAGAUUUGGAUAUUAGCCAGUUAAUUUAGAAGCUUUUUGAAGGAUCGGUUUUUGAGCUAAGAAUCAACUUGAAAGUCGUUAAAGCGAAUUCAAUGGUUGUGUUCGAGUUCUGUGACACCUGCAGCUCAUGCAGUUUAUGUUAUGUUUUGGACUGCAUCGUGGAAGCAGUAGAGCCAGAUUACAAGAUUUGAAUCCAGUGGAUUUGAACAUUUCCUGAGAGUAAAAAGAUAUAUAUCAAUCGAUUUAUAAAGAUAUGAUUUGGAUUGAUAUAUAGAUAUGAAAUGGAUCGAUAUAGAUAUGAUUUAGAUCUUUUGAAAAGGUAUCAAUUGAUGAACUGAAUGAUCCCUUACAUUUUGUGCAAAAAAAAACAACGUGUUUAUAUCAGGACCAUUAUUUAUUUUGAAAAGGAGUUUUGCCUUGUUUAUGUUUUUCUACGUUUGUUUUUUUAACUUUCGUAUAAUGAUUAAUUUAUUUGUUCCUUUACAUUCCAGAUUACGUUUCUAUUUAAAAUGUUUAUUUUCAAUAAUGUAACAAUAAUCCUCUCCCAUAAUUGUCUAAACUCCUUUACAAUUUCAAUCAAUUUGAAUCAAACUGCUGUUAUAGUUUUGAUGAUCGGUUUCUGUUCGGGCAGGCCUACGCUGCUAGGUUCAAGUUGGCUCGGUCAGCCCCUCAUCUUCUGUUAGAGCCGCUCAACUAUCAAGACAUUAUUCAGCCGUCAGGAAGCUUUCAUUUGGUUUCUUUCUGUCUAAUAACCACUGUCACUGCCAGACCCAAAUGUCAUGAAAUCGGAGUCCUUUGUAUCUUUCUCUUCGGGCCUUAUGUGUUCUCGUGUGAUGGUUCUCAGUUCACUGUUCUCCUGUUAGCAUUUCAAACAGUUAUGUUGUGUAUUGUCCUGCGCAGCUACAAACACGCAGUUUUGUUAGACAACAGCGACAUUUACAUUUUUCUAAAUACUUCAAAUGGUUGUGUUUGACAAUUUUCCAUGGUAUUUUACUGGGCAAAAAAAAGGACGAGGCACUUCCGAACAUUUCCGGUAGACUUCCUGUAGUGGAACGUAACGUCCUGUGGUCCUCUCUUUGACUUCCUUGUUGAACAGUGCACUUCCUGGUUACGAGGCUGAAGUUUUGCUGGUCAGCCUGCAGCCCUGCACCAAAGGUUUCGGUGCAGUGUAUAUUUCUGUUUUCUACAUGAAUUUUGUACUUAUUUUCAUUUCACUUUUUUAUAUAAUAAAGAUACGUUGAUAUACA